AUGGAUUUCUCUCAUACAUACUACGGCGCCGCUCAGGCUGCUCCCUACCACUUCAUCGGCAUUCCCCCGCUGACGCCAUCUCACUCGAACUCGGCCGCAUCAGACGAGUUCAACAACCAUUCUCCACAUGAGGUCUACGAGAACUUCCAGAACAAUGACGCCUUCCAACAGAACUUCGACCAGUAUGGUCAGUUCAACAACCAGACCCAGAGCUUCCCAGGCCCUCCCGGGCCGCCUACACCGCCUACGCACCCGCUACACGGCCAACAUGCGGCUCAAGUGAACGGAGCACAGCCUGUCAAAAACCACUCGGCCGAGCUCUUGCCGUCGGCGAAACCGGACCCCGACGGCAACAGAGGACAGGCGGGUUCGAACUCGGACGAUGACGGAGAUAUGACGCCCGCACAAUCCCGCCGCAAGGCACAAAAUAGAGCUGCCCAGCGCGCAUUCCGCGAGCGCAAAGAGCGCCACGUCAAGGACCUCGAGGCGAAGCUCGCUAGCCUCGAGGCCGCGCAGACGCACACGGCGACCGAGAACGAGAAGCUCAAGCGCGACCUGCAAAAGAUGAGCACCGAGAACGAGAUCUUGCGCGCGACGUCCAGCGUGGCCACCAACCAUAAAGGCAACGGUUCGAUGUCGCCGCCUGGCGGUAUACCUACUACUACGGGCCCCAUGCAGUACAAUCCGACCGACUUCUACUCGGACCUGCUGCAGAACCACGCCAACAAGACGCCCAGCCACCGAAUUGUCGAGUCGUCCGGCGGCGAGCGGCUGCUAGCUGCGGGCGCGACGUGGGACUACAUCACCGGCCACGAGCUGUUCCGCAAGGGAAUGGUCGAUGUGGGCGAUGUGAGCGAGCGGCUCAAGUCCCAAGCCAAGUGCGAUGGCCAGGGCCCCGUGUUCGAGGAGCGCGCUAUACUACAGGCCAUUGUAGAAAGCGUUAGUGGCAGCGAUGAAUUGUUAUGA